CUCCGCCGCUGCCGCCGCCGCCGCCGCCGCUUGUCUCCCCAAUGCACAUCGUGGAGAUCGUCCUCGACGGCUUCAAGUCGUACGCGACGCGCACCGUCAUCACCGACUUUGACCCGCAGUUCAACGCCAUCACAGGCCUCAACGGCUCGGGAAAGUCCAACGUGCUCGACUCGAUCUGCUUUGUGCUCGGCAUCUCCAACCUGUCGCAGGUGCGCGCGAGCAACCUCAACGAGCUCAUCUACAAGCAGGGACAGGCCGGCGUCACCAAGGCCAGCGUGACGCUCGUCUUUGACAACUCGAACCGCGAGCUGUCUCCCCACGGCUACGACCACUACAGCAAGAUCACCGUCACGCGCCAGGUGGCCAUCGGCGGGCGGAACAAGUACCUGAUCAACGGCCAGAACGCGCAGCUGCAGCGCGUGCAGAACCUCUUCCACUCGGUCGGCCUCAACGUCAACAACCCGCACUUCCUCAUCAUGCAGGGCCGAAUCACAAAGGUGCUCAACAUGAAGCCGGUCGAGACGCUGGGCAUGAUCGAGGAGGCGGCGGGCACGCGGAUGUUCGAGCUCAAGAAGCAGCAGUCGAUCAAGAUCAUGGAGAAGAAGGAGACCAAGCUCGACGAGAUCAAGCGGCUCAUCAACGACGACAUCGCGCCGCGGCUCGACAAGCUCGGCUCGGAGCGCGCCCAGUACCUCGAGUAUUCUACCCUCUCGUCGCAGAACGAGUCCCUCGUGCAAAAGAAGGUGGAGGAGGAGCAGGCGGGCGACUUUGCGCGCCAGCGCGAGCUGCAGCAGACACUCUCCGACGCCAAGGCGGAGGACGCCUCGCUCAGCAAGGAUGCUGCCGAGGUGGCCAAGGCAAAGAAGAGCGGUGCGAGCGACGCGGUCAAGGCGCUCGAGAAGAAGGAGGACGAGGCGUCCAAGGACCUCGUCAAGGCGACCGCCUCGCUCAAGCAGCGGCGCGACGCCAUCGCGGGCCACGCCUCCGCCGCCGACGGCCACGCCAACUCGAUCAAGGAGCUCGAGGCGGCGAAGGCUCGCGCCGCACCGCGCCGCACUGCGCCGCGCCGCACCGCUCCCGACCCUCGCCCCGCCCGCACUGGCUCACGCCCCGCCGGCGAGCACGCAAAGGCGCUCGAGGCGGCGACGGCCGCCGAGGCUGCGCACGGCGCCGUUGCGGGCAAGGUCAAGUCGCGGCGCGAGCAGUACGAGGCGGACAUCGGCAUGGGCGCGUCCGCUUCGGGCGAGGGGGUCAAGAACCUGCAGGGCCAGCUGAGCGACGCGACGGCCGAGGUCAAGGCGCAGGAGACGGCGCUCAAGCAGUCCGAGAUGCGCGGAAAGACCUUCUCGAAGGAGGCCAAGGAGGUGGAGAAGCAGCUCGCAGCCGCCUCGAAGUCGGGCGACAAGGCGCUCAAGGAGCAGGACUCGCUGCAAAACGCGGUCGCCGCCGCGCAAGCCAAGGUGGGCGAGCUCGGCUUCGACGAGGCGGCCGAGGCGGCGCUCACCGGCGCGCACGCCGCCGCCCAAAAGAAGCGAGACGCGCUCGCAAAGCAAGCCGACGCGGCCGCGGCAGCCAUCGGCGGCGGCGCCGACUUCCGCUUCCGCGACCCGGAGCCGGGCUUCGACCGCUCGCGCGUCAAAGGGACGAUCGCGUCUAGCCUGCGCGUGCAGGACAUGGCCAACGCCACCGCCCUCGAGGCGCUCGCCGGCGGCCGGCUGCACCAGGUGGUUGUCGACAACGAGAAGACGGGCAUGCUGCUGCUCACGAAGGGCGGGCUGCAGCGCCGCGUGACCCUCAUCCCGCUCAACAAGAUCAAGGCGACGACGGCCUCCCCCGCGCAGCUGCAGCAGGUCCACAAGCUCGUCGGCGACCGCGCCGUCGCCGCCGUCUCCCUCAUCUCGUGCGCAGCGGAGCUGCAGCCGGCGCGACGCGCCGUCGGCUGCCCGCCUCGCCGUCGCACGCCCCCCUGUGGAGCGUGGGAGUCCGCGCGCCUCGUGUGCGAGAAGCUGCGCCUCAAGACAGUGACGCUCGACGGCGACCUGUACGACCCGCAGGGCACCGUCACGGGCGGCUCCCGCCCUAAGGGCAACGCGUGCCUGCUCGUCAAGAUCGCGGGGCUGCAGGCAGGCCGCGAGCAGCUCGCCGCCGCCGAUGCGGAGCUCAAGGCCGCCUCCGCCGCCCUCGACGAGUGGCGCAAGCAGGCCGAGGCGCACAAGCUGGCGAUGCACCAGAAGACGCUGCAGGCCGGCGAGGCGCACGUCCUCUCCACGCGGCGCGAGGAGCUGCGCUCGCAGCUCGCCGAGGCGGAGGCGGCCGGCGUGGCGGCCAGAGAGGCGCUCUCCGCCGCCAAGGAGCUGCGCGAGUCGCUCGCGGCGCGGCUGACCGACUUCGAGGGCAACCGCGACGAGCGGCUCAAGCAGUCCAAGGCGGCCAUCGCCAGCGCCGAGAAGGAGGCCAAGGCGUCGGCCAAGGCGCUCGAGAAGGCGCAGCAGGCGGAGCAGAAGCUGCGGCUGCAGCUGCAGUCGCUGGUCGACCAGACCGGCGCCGCGGAGGAGGCGCUCGCCGAGACGAGGAAGCGGAGCGCCGAGGGCGAGGCGGAGCUGGUCGAGAUCGAGGCGCGCGUGACGGCCGCCAAGGCUGCCUUCGACGAGGCGACGGGCGGGCUCAAGUCGCACAAGGAGGCGCAGCAGGCGCACGAGGCCAGGCUGGCGCAGAUUGGCGAGCGGCGCGAGGCGCUCGAGCAGGAGGUCGCCGACGCCGAGGUCGAGCUCAAGCAGCUCGAGCACCGCUGCUCGCGCGCCAUCAAGGAGAAGGAGGCGGCCGAGGCAAUGUGCCGCGACCUGCUGUCCAAGAACCCGUGGAUGGAGCCGGAGCGGUCGAGCUUUGGCCAGCCCGGCGGCGAGUACGACUUCAAGUCGGCGAAGCAUGUCGCGGCGCAGCAAAAGGCGCUGGCCAAGCAGAGCUCGCAGCUCGAGGCGCUCUCCAAGCGCAUCAACAAGAAGGUGCUCUCCAUGUUCGAGAAGGCGCAGGCCGAGUACUCUGACCUGAUGGGGAAGAAGGCCACUGUCGAGAAGGACAAGGCCAAGAUCGAGGCCGUCAUCGCCGAGUGCGACGUCAAGAAGAUCGAGGCGCUGCAAAAGACGUGGGCAAAGGUGAACGCCGACUUCGGCUCCAUCUUCUCGACCCUCCUCCCCGGCACCGACGCCAAGCUCGAGCCCGAGGAGGGCAAGGCGGUCGAGGACGGGCUCUGCGUCAAGGUUGCGUUCGGCAAGGUCUGGAAGCAGUCGCUCCUCGAGCUUUCGGGCGGCCAGCGUUCGCUCGUCGCGCUCUCGCUCGUCCUCGCGCUCCUCCGCUUCAAGCCCGCGCCCGUCUACAUCCUCGACGAGAUCGACGCCGCGCUCGACCUCUCGCACACGCAAAACAUCGGCGCGAUGAUCAAGUCGCACUUCCAGCAGUCGCAGUUCCUCGUCGUCUCGCUCAAGGAGGGCAUGUUCAACAACGCGAACGUCCUCUUCCGCACCAAGUUUGUCGACGGCGUCUCGACCAUCACGCGGACCGUCCCGUCCGGCGCCGACCGCGCCGCCGCCGGGGCGGCGGGCGGCAAGAAGCCGGCCGGGGCGUCUGCGGCGUCGCGCAAGGCGCUCACGGCGGUCAACUAG